GUGUUGGAAGCCACAAGAACAAUUGUAAUACCGCCUCUACCUCGCGUCGUCCGAGGAAAACCUGUUGUUUUUGGCGCCGACCCGAAAGGAACGUAUCUUUUGUAUCCCAAUGGGAACAGUGUCGACCCAUCUAAAAAUGACAUGUAUACCCAGCAUUCUGGGGUUGUACACGUUGCAAAAUAUUCCCCCAGUGGAUUCUAUGUUGCUUCUGCAGAUAAGUUCGGUAAAAUCCGAAUAUGGGACACAGUAAACGAGGAACAUAUUUUGAAAAAUGAGUUCCAACCCUUCGUGGGCCCCGUCUGCGAUCUCGCAUGGACCUCGGAUAAUCAGCGUAUAAUCGUGGGUGGCACUGGACAGUUUGGUGCUGUUUUUAAUGCCGAAACCGGAGCAUCUGUCGGGGAAAUCAUGGGAGUCAGCCGAAACAUAAAUUCCGUGGAUUUCCGCCCGGUGCGGCCCUAUCGAGCGGUUACCGGAAAUGACGAGGGAUUGGUGACUUUCUUCGAAGGUCCUCCGUUUAUAUUCAACCCUAACCGCCAAACGCAUCGACAUCGCUUUUAUGCAUGCGGUAUCGCCUUUUGCUAUAAAAAUUUUAGACGGUGGACGUAUAUACACACCUAUAGGCGUUGA